UAUUGGUUUGUAGUAUACUAGAACCAUACCCAAUUUACUGUGUGGGUUACCGGUGGCAUGUCAGUUGCAUUUUCUUCCUAGCUUUAGCUUGCGAUAUGUGGAAAAGAGAUCAAAUGUCAUGAUAGAAGAAUUAGAGGCUGUUUGAACAGAAAAGUGCCUGACAAAUGUAUUGCUUGUUCUACAAUGUAUUGUACUCCAAGAUUUCAAGACGGGUCAGUAGUUAGUCAAGAGCAUUUGAGUCAGCAUCGUAUCAAGCACACAGAAUAAAAAGUUGUGAGGUGCCAAUACACACUGUGGUCGGUCUCAAGGUCCAUUACAAUACCCUUCAAUGGCUUUUUUUGUGAAAAAGAAGAAAUUCAAGUUUCAGACACAUUUGACAUUGGAGGAGCUGACUGCAGUGCCUUUCGUGAACGGGGUAUUGUUCUGCAAGCUGAGAUUGUUGGACGGUGGAGACUUUGUUGCAACUUCAUCAAGAGAGGAGGUUCAGGAGAACUGUGUUUGCUGGAAGAAGAGGUUUACCUUUGUGUGUAAAAUGAGCACCAACCCCACGACUGGAGUGCUGGAUUCCGCCAUCUGUCGGGUCUCUGUGCGGAAGGAACUCAAAGGAGGAAAAACAUAUUCAAAGCUGGGUUUUACUGACCUCAACAUGGCAGAGUUCGCUGGCUCGGGCUCUGCAGUCCGCUGUUGUCUGCUGGAGGGAUACGACACCAAGAAUACUAGGCAGGACAACUCCAUACUGAAGGUGACUAUUGGGAUGGCCCUCCUAUCUGGAGAUCCGUGCUUUAAAACUGCCCCCAGCACAGCCAAGUCCAUCUCCAUCACAGGCCAGGACCAUGUCCUGCAGCUGGACUGUAAGGGGGAUGGCACUGGAACCCCUAACCGGCCCACUUCUCUGGGCCAGUCCAUGAAGCCCAGGCCCUCGAUCAUCAGCUCAGGUCUUCCAGAGGAGUCAGACCAGACCCAGGCAGCUAGCCCAGGGGAAGUAUUCCAGUCGGGGCACUCUCGUAACUCCAGCUAUGCCAGCCAGCUGAGCAGGAUCUCAGGCUGCAGCACAGAGCACUCCUGCUCCUCUAGUAUGUCUGACCUCACACACAGGAGGAACACCUCCACAGGAAGCGGCAUAUCUGGGGGCCUCAGUGUGACAGUAGACACUCCAACAGAGGGAGAGAGGCCAGGGAGACCCCCUCUACCCCCUCGGCCCGUCUUGCCAUCCAACAGACCCCCCAGGAGGAAGCAGGAUUCAGUGGAGAGCCAUCCCUCCUGGGUGAAUGACACCCGCAUCGAUGCCGACGAUAUUGUUGAAAAGAUCAUCCAGAGCCAGAACUUUGCUGACAUAAGUAACACUGAAGACAGUAACCUGCGACUGUUUGUCAGUAGAGACGGCACCACAUCCCUGAAUGGUUUACUGCGCAGUAACAGGGUGUGUGCUGGUGUCUAUGAGCAAGUGGUGAUAGAGAGCCAUUACGACUGGUGAAGAUUAAUUUUAAUUGAGGCCUCUGCAAUGAAGCUUGUGGACUAACU